AUGCUUGUCGUUUGUGGCUUGAUGUUCGCCGCAGGAGAUGAAGACCGCAUUUUCUUCCAGUUGGAUGUCGCCGCCGCAACUGCAUUUCAGCACUCUUCGCCGGACAGUGUUUUGAAACGUCCUCUUCAGCUGCAGCAACAAGGGCAACUGGCUGCCUCUGGGGGAAGAAACCCCCCCAUAGUCACGCCUUCGUCCCUCGCUGCGGCUGAGGCAGCGAAGGGGAAUUCGAUGGCCCCAAUGGUGCGGCUGUAUGGGGUGACUGCUUCUGGGUUGUCUGUGAUGUGCAACGUGCACGGUUUCUACCCCUACUGCUACUGCGAAUGUCCGGCGGCCCUGGCGGCGGCCAUGCGGCAGGCCGCAUCCGCAGGCAGCGGUUCCUGGCAGCAGAAUGCAGUCACUGAGGCUUUGCGCUCUGUGGUGGAUGACUACGUUCUCAAAUCGCACGCCCAGGGGAAGACGUACGACAAACGAAUUUUAGAUGUCCGCUGCGAAGAGAAGGAAUCUCUGAUGUAUUAUUCGCCUUCGAAAGCCGGACAGUUGUUCUUCCGGAUCACUGCUGCAUCUCCGCAAAUGAUAUCCGGGAUUAGAGGCUUCAUAGAGAGUGGUAUUUGGCUACGAAUUCCAGAUGGCUUCGGAAAGCUCAGCGGUCAGCAAGUGGCGCUGCCGGAGACAGCCUACGAGGCCAACAUUCCUUUCGUGCUGCGUUAUAUGGUGGACUCUGAUAUUACAGGCUGUUGCUGGAUUCGCGUGAAGAAAGGACGCUAUUCCAUUCGCCCAGCGUCUUUACGAGAGAGUCGGUGCCAGGAAGAGUUCGACGUGCACUAUGCAGACAUUGAGGCAUUACCGCUGCGAGGCGAAUGGCAGUCGCUGCCUCCGUUGCGCAUGUUAUCUUUUGAUAUUGAGUGCGUCAAAAAUAAUGGGCAGGGCUUUCCCGAGGCGCAGGAAGAUCCCGUAAUCCAAAUUUCCUCCAUUGUUGAAGAACAAAGGGCAGGCCGCAGCCACAACAAGGCCGCCUCGGACGGCUCUGAUGAGACACUAUGCCGCGUUAUUUUUACCCUCCACGAAUGUGCACCAAUCGCUGGUGCACUGGUCGUUUGGUUCGACGACGAGUCGGAAAUGCUGAAGAAGUGGGCGGAGUUCGUGCGCGAGGUGGAUCCCGAUUUCUUGACUGGGUACAACUGCAUCAACUUUGACUUAUGUUAUCUUUUGACGCGAGCCGCAGCGCUGAAGGCAGAAGGUGUAGCAUCACUCUCUCGACUGAAGUCCAUGGAGUCGCGCAUUUCCGAUACGCGGUUUAGUUCAAGAGCGCUUGGGACCCAUGACAAUAAGGAAAUCCCUGUGGAGGGCCGCGUGCAAUUCGACUUGCUGGAGCUUAUCCGUCGUGACCACAAGCUGAAAAGUUAUUCUCUCAACUACGUCUCUUCGGAGUUCCUUAAAGAGCAGAAAGAAGACGUGCACUAUAGCAUGAUUGGAGAUUUAUUCCGGGGAUCUCCAACGACACGCCGGCGCAUUGCGGUGUAUUGUCUCAAAGAUGCGCUGCUGCCUUUGCGGCUCCUCAACAAAUUAUUGUUUCUAUUUAAUUACGUCGAAAUGAGCAGGGUCACUGGCACGCCACUGACUUAUCUGCUAACACGGGGUCAACAAAUUAAAGUCACAGCGCAGCUUCUUCGGAAAUGCCGUCAGCUGCAAUACGUUGUGCCUUCUGUCAAACGCGUUGGCGGAGACCGUGACGACAAAUAUGAAGGCGCUACAGUGCUUGAGCCUGUGAAGGGGUUUUACGAUGCGCCAAUUGCCACUCUCGACUUCGCGUCUUUGUACCCUUCGAUUAUGAUGGCCCACAACAUUUGUUACAGCACACUUGUCAAGGGAAACGAUAUCAACGCUGUGGACCCCGCCAACUUGACAACCACCACUAGCAACCCCAGACACACGUUUGUUAAGGCAGGAGUACGACGUGGCGUUUUGCCGAUGAUUGUAGAGGAAUUGAUCGCCGCACGAAAAGUGGCAAAGAAGGAAAUGAGCGAAGCAGAGGACAAAUUCACCAAAAGUGUGCUCAAUGGCCGUCAAUUGGCUCUCAAAAUCACGGCUAACAGCGUUUACGGCUACACAGGAGCAACAGUUGGUGGGCAGUUGCCCUGCCUGGAGGUGGCCACGUCUAUCACCUGCUUUGGUCGCGACAUGAUUGAGUACACAAAGCGCCGCGUAGAGGAGCUGUACACCAGGGAGAACGGCUACGCAAACAAUGCUGCUGUUGUCUACGGCGACACGGACUCUGUGAUGGUUCGCUUUGGGACAAGUUCCAUCGAGGACGCGAUGAAACUGGGUCGGGAAGCAGCGGAGAGAAUAAGCUCGGAGUUCAUAAGACCUAUCAAACUGGAGUUUGAAAAGGUCUACUGCCCAUUCUUGCUGAUGAACAAAAAACGUUAUGCUGGUUUGCUGUAUACGAAUCCGACGAAGUUCGACAAAAUUGACUCAAAGGGGAUUGAGACAGUGAGACGCGACUUUUCUAUGCUAGUGCAAAUAAUGGUGGACACGGUCUUGAAGAAAAUGCUAAUCGAACGGGACGUCGAGAAUGCGAAGGCAUACACGCGCACGAAAAUAUCGGAGCUUCUGCAGAACAAGAUCGACAUGAGCCUGCUGGUACAAACCAAGAGCCUGGGCAAGCUCGACUACGACACGAAGCUUCCUCACGUCGAACUUGCAAAGAAGCUUCGAAAACGUGAUCCAGGGACGGCUCCCAACGUUGGAGACCGCGUCUCGUAUGUUGUUAUCCAAGGGUCUAAGGGACAGGCGCAGUAUGAACGGGCUGAGGAUCCGCUGUACGUGUUGGAGCACAACUUGCCUAUUGAUACGCAGCAUUACCUUGAAACGCUUAAAGGCCCUCUAAUGCGCAUCUUUGAGGGGGUGAUGAGCAAUCCAGAGAGCCUUUUCAGUGGGGGCCACACUCUAAAGAAAACAGUUAUGGUCUCGACGCAAGGCGCCUUGUCUAAGUUCAUCAAGCGUGGCAUUCAGUGUGUUGGUUGCCGCGCCACGAUUCCUGAAGGAGCUCUGUGCAAACACUGUCAGUCCAAGGAAGGGACGAUUGCAGCAGCAAAAGCUCUAGAGAUGCAAGCACUGGAAAAGGAACACAGCGCCCUGUGGACUGAGUGCCAGCGGUGUCAAGGUUCUCUCCUUCAAGAUGUGAUUUGCGUGAACCGGGAUUGCCCAAUAUUCUAUAGGCGUGCAAAAGUAAAGAAGGAAAUUGCCGCGCUAGAGGAAACUCUGGAGCGACUUCACGCUACAAAUGACUGGUAG